AUGUCCUCGACUUCGGAAAACAUCACUUUGUACUCCACCGUCAACUCUCCCUUCUCUCAGCGUGUUAGUGUCGCUCUUGACGAAGCGGGCGUGGCGUACGACUUGAUCGACAUCGAUCUCUCCAACAAGCCCGAGUGGUACCAGCAGAAAGUGUACACCAAGGGCCUUGUUCCCUACCUCGUCUACGGCGGCCCCAAGCUGCACCCUGGCGAGACCCCCUCGUCCGACGCGAUCCAGAUCCCCGAAUCGUCCGUCAUCCUCGAGUUCCUCGCCGACAGCUUCCCCGCCGCCGGCCUCCUCCCCGCGUCCCCCGCGGGGCGCGCGCGCGCGCGCCUCGCCGUCCGCGCGGUCGACGACGCCUUCAAGCACGUGUACCCCGUCCUCGGCGGCGGCCCCGUCGAGCCGCUCCUCGCCGCGCUCGAAGACAUCCAGGCGCUCCUCCCCGCGCGCGACGGCAGCUUUCUCGCAGGGGAGGGCGAGGGCUGGGGCAUCGCGGACAUCUCCGUCGUCCCGCUGCUGCUGUCGCUGCGGAUCGUCGCCGGCGUUCUCCCGGGCGGACUCGCCGCGGCGCUGCAGGGCGAGCGGCUCGCGCGGCUGUGGCGGUAUGUGGACGAGGGCGCGACGCGGCCGAGCGUGGCGAAGAACGUCGAUGCGGAGAUCAUAAAGUCUAGGUUCUUGGCGAUGGUGGCGAAGCGGAAGGCUGCGGAAGACGCGAAGAAGGAUUAA